AUAUGCUCCAUAGGUGCGGGAUGGAAUUUGUGCCUUCUGUUAUUGCUGUUGUGAUGAUGGGGAUGGGCAUUUUGCCGGAGGAGGGAGGGGAGGGGUGGAUGUGUUUGUUUGUUGUAUGGUGAAAGGGAGAUGGAGGAGGAGAACAGAUAUGUCUGACGGAAUUAAGUCCAGACACUCCGUCCUCCGUCGGAGGUACGUACGGUACAUAUCUUAGCGGCCGAUCUCCCGCCACUUCGAGCUGCCAUUAUCCCUCCUCACUUCACAAUUUCACUAUCUUCCUUACUUCUCACUCACUAUCCUACAAAGAAAAAGAAAAAGAAAAAGGGUAUGGACAAUGCCACCCAACAACAACAGAGAAAUAGACGACGAAGAUGAAGACGAAUACUUCCUCCCCCUACAAGACCAACGAGUCUUCGGCGCAGGGAUCCGUCGCAAGCGCGUGCCGUUCGUGCGCUCCUCCGAACAACAUCAGCAACAUCUCUCUACCACCACCACCACACGGGUAUCAUCCUCUGAGCCAGCAACACCUUCUUCCUCUACUUCGACCGGGCAGAGUAUAGCGAAUAGAUACCUCUCGAUUGUUCUGUCGAAGUCGAAGUCGAAUCCCGCUACUCCAGAACCGAGUUCGAGUUCACAACCACAUAGUGAGCAGAAGGAGGAAGUUGAAGAAGAAGAUGUUGAGAUUUGCCCCGUGUGUAACCUUCCAUAUACUACUACACCUACACACGACACAUCAGGAGGAAUAGGAGGAGAAGGAGAAGGAAGGAGGCAUAUACACGAAGCUACACUCCCGCAUCAACUGAGUCUCCCGCAUUCGCACCCGCCGUCUCAUCUUGAUCGCACACGGCCCGGACUGCGGUAUCUCGCGGCGUAUGGCUGGGAUCCGGAUUCGCGGGUGGGAUUGGGACCUCAAGGAAGAGAGGGCAUACGGGAGCCGGUGAAGGGGAAGGUGAAGGAGGAUACGGUGGGGUUGGGGGCUGUUGUUCCUGAGGUUAAGGAUAAGAGUGGAGAUAAAGGGGGGAGGGGGAGGGUGCAGAAGAAGAAGAAGGUGUUGAAUGCGAAGGAGGUGAGGAAGGGACAGUUGGAGGAGAGGAAGAAGGGGGAGAGGUUACGGGAGUUGUUUUUCCAGGAUGAGGAUGUGUUGAGGUAUCUUCAUGGGAAGUAGGUUCUUUUUUUUUUCUUAUAGAUUAUUGGUUUCGGGAUGGGAGCGUUGGUUUGGUAUAUACCCAGGAGUUUGAAUAAGUAUUAGGGUUCUGCUGGUUUGCAUGGUACAUACAUAGUCACUACAUACACAGAAGAUACUAGAGGCUAGUAUUAAUGUCCGCAGGAAGUGUGCUGCGGAACGAGGCUGGUUCAGUUGGAAGAAUGGCCAAGGCUACCGGAAGAAGCGGUGCUUCUUUUCCUUCUUCUCUUU